GGUUCCCGCUCCUGGGUCGGCGGGGCUCCGGUCCCCUGACCCUUUGGCUUCCCUUUCCCCGCGCGCAAAGGCGAGCGAAGCUGGAGAGCCAUGGCGCCCUCGUUCCCGUCGCCCGUUCGCCGCCGCCGCUGCUGUUCCCCUUGCUUUCCUCCUCCUCCUCCCCGCCACCACACCGCCUCCCGGAUCCUUUAAUGGCUCGGACCCUUCGGCGGCCCCAAGCCGACUCGUCCUGCGCCACCACAGCGAGCGAGAGAGCGAGCCCCAGGAGGAGCGCCGCGCACGAUAUAGAAACUAGCUCCUCCAAACAUGGGUGAAUUGGAGCAGAGAGCAACAGCAGGAUCCCGGUUAGGAGUUCAGGAAAAUGCCGGGAUCAGUACUUUGGAACACGGACAAAAAUUGCCCACAACCCCUACAGGAAAACUUAUUUCUAUCAAAGUCCAGAUGCUGGAUGAUGCACAGGAAGCUUUUGAAGUUCCGCAAAGAGCACCAGGGAAGGUUUUGCUGGAUGCAGUCUGCACUCACCUGAACCUUGUUGAAGGUGACUAUUUUGGCCUUGAGUAUCUGGAUCAUAAAAAGAUCAUGGUAUGGUUGGAUCUUUUGAAACCUAUCGUGAAACAGAUCAGAAGGCCUAAGCAUGUGAUUCUAAAAUUCGUGGUGAAAUUCUUCCCGCCUGAUCAUGCUCAACUGCAAGAGGAGUUAACAAGGUACUUAUUUGCACUGCAGGUAAAGCAGGAUUUAGCCCAAGGAAGACUAACCUGUAACGACACCAGUGCUGCUCUCUUAAUCUCACACAUCGUACAGUCUGAGAUUGGGGAUUUUGACGAAACCAUUGAUCGUGAACACUUAGCAAAGAACAAGUAUAUACCUCAGCAAGAAGCAUUAGAAGACAAAAUCAUGGAAUUUCAUCGUAAUCACAUUGGACAGACACCAGCAGAGUCAGAUUUCCAGCUGCUUGAGAUUGCCCGUCGUUUGGAAAUGUAUGGAAUCCGAUUGCAUCCAGCCAAGGACAGGGAAGGAACUAAGAUAAACCUGGCAGUUGCCCAUACAGGCAUUCUGGUGUUUCAGGGUCACACCAAAAUCAAUGCCUUCAACUGGUCUAAAGUUCGAAAACUGAGCUUUAAGAGGAAGCGUUUUCUUAUUAAGUUGAGGCCAGAUGCAAACAGUUCCUUCCAGGACACCCUAGAAUUCCUGAUGGCCAGUCGGGAUUUUUGCAAAGCCUUUUGGAAGAUCUGUGUAGAGCACCAUGCCUUCUUCAGAUUAUUUGAGGAGCCUAAACCAAAGCCUAAACCUGUUCUCUUUACCAGAGGUUCAUCCUUUAGGUUCAGUGGCCGAACUCAGAAGCAGGUUCUGGACUAUGUCAAAGAAGGAGGACACAAAAAAGUACAGUUUGAAAGGAAACACAGCAAGAUUCACUCUAUUAGGAGCUUGACAACAAAGCCUUCAGAACAGCAUUCAGAGGUGCCAAAACAAAGCUGUAGUUUUACAUAUAGAGACGGUGCUGAUUCCCCAGCAGUCCAAAGCUGCCGGCAGGGGAAGGAACUAAAAGUUUCAGUGGAAGAUGGUGGACACCACACAAGCCCUUCCCUGAAAAAGAGCCCCGAAAAAGAAGGCAGGAGGCUGGACGGUGCUGUGAUGGAAGCCAUGGAGGAAGAAGAGGAGGUCACAAAGGACAGAUCACAGCACAGUAGAUCUCAGACGCAGCAACCGAGCACAGCAGGCUCUCUCACUGGCAGCCCCCACCUUUCAGAAUUGUCCAUCAAUUCCCAAGGCGGACCAACGAUGACAAAUGCAACGUUGUCUCCUAAUUUGAGUCCUGAUAACAGGCAAGCUUCUCCAUUAGUCAGUCCUCUGAUGAAUGACCAAACUGGUGUCCGCACUGAUGAUGAAGAGGAAGUCAGGAGGAAGAGGUUUCCAACUGACAAAGCAUACUUCAUUGCUAAAGAAGUUUCCACCACAGAACGAACUUACCUGAAAGACCUUGAAGUUAUCACGUCGUGGUUCCAGAGCGCAGUUAGCAAAGAAGACUGCAUGCCAGAAGCACUGAAGAAUCUCAUCUUUUCCAACUUUGAACCUUUGCACAAAUUUCACACCAACUUUUUAAAGGAAAUAGAGCAGCGGCUUGCCCUGUGGGAAGGCCGCUCUAAUGCCCACUUGAAAGGAGAUUACCAAAGAAUUGGGGACGUUAUGCUGAAGAACAUCCAGAAUAUGAAGCAACUGACGGUUCAUUUGCGGAAGCACACCGAGGUCCUGGUUGAGCUGGAGAAUGGGAUCAAGAAUUCUCGAAAGCUGGAAACCUUAUGCAGAGACUUUGAGUUGCAGAAAGUCUGUUAUCUACCCCUCAACACCUUCCUUCUCAGGCCUCUGCACAGACUUAUGCACUACAAGCAGAUAAUGGAAAGGCUCUGUAAACAUUAUCCACCAAAUCACGUGGACUUCAGGGACUCCAGAGCUGCUCUGGCAGAGAUUUCAGAAGCGGUCGCUCAGCUUCACAGCAGUAUGCUGAAGAUGGAAAAUUUCCAGAAGCUGCACGAGUUGAAGAAAGAUUUGAUAGGUAUUGACAAUCUGGUGAUCCCAGGAAGGGAGUUUAUUAGACUGGGUAGCCUUAGUAAGUUGUCUGGAAAAGGCUUACAGCCGCGGAUGUUCUUCCUGUUCAAUGAUGUUUUGCUGUACACAAGCAGAGGCCUAACAGCAUCAAAUCAAUUCAAAGUCCACGGGCAGCUUCCGCUAUAUGGUAUGAUGAUUGAAGAGAGCGAAGAAGAAUGGGGGGUUCCUCACUGCUUCACACUGAGAGGUCAACACCAGUCCAUUGUUGUGGCUGCAAGCAGCCUCACGGAAAUGGACAAGUGGACUGAGGACAUACAGAUGGCUAUUGACUUGGCAGAGAAUUGUAAUGGCCCAACUCCUGAAUUCCUAGGGGGCAGCCCACCAGACACUAAAUCCCCCGAGGAAUCCACUGUAGACCAGGAAUCGGAAGACGAUCUCAAUGCGUCCCGCACCUCCCUUGAACGUCAGGCACCUCACCGUGGCAACACGACGGUGCACGUCUGCUGGCACAGAAAUACCAGCGUUUCCAUGGUCGACUUUAGUAUUGCUGUGGAGAAUCAACUCUCUGGAAACCUUUUGAGAAAGUUCAAAAACAGCAAUGGCUGGCAGAAGCUCUGGGUGGUAUUCACCAAUUUCUGCAUGUUUUUCUACAAAUCCCACCAGGACAAUCAUCCUUUAGCUAGCCUCCCUCUGCUGGGUUACUCACUUACCAUUCCUUCCGAAUCUGAGAACAUUCAUAAAGACUAUGUCUUUAAGCUACACUUCAAAUCCCAUGUGUACUAUUUCAGGGCGGAGAGCGAAUACACAUUUGAAAGAUGGAUGGAGGUAAUCCGAAGUGCCACUAGCCCAGCCUCACGCGUCCACGUUUUAAGUCACGAGGAAUCCCAUGCUUAUUGAUGACUGAACUCCAAAUUGCUCAUUCCAACAAUUGCUGCUUUUCUAGAGGACAUUUGAAUUCUUUCUCCUUUUAAAGUUCAGUAAAAACAUAAAUUCGUUUUUUUAAAAACUUGUUUUGGAGCAGCUUUUUGUAAUACUGCCUCAAGCAGGGUUGUUUACUAUUAUCGGCCAAGUGACUGUCCCGUAUUUGUCCUUCGGUGUGUUUUUUUUUUUUUUUAGCUUGUGCCAGUAUUAAAAUAUUGUCCUUAGAGUGCCAAAAGACGAUUUCCUUGCCUCAAAGAUUUGCACCAGAAAUAAUACAAUUUUUGGAAAGCAAAAUGCCUUUUCUUUCAGACAAACCCUCAAAGUGAUUAAUUAGUAAACUGCCAUUUUUUAAAAAAUAAUAAUGUAUUUCCUAUGUAUGCAUUAACAGCCUUCAAAUGUUCAUAAGGGGCAGUCUCAAAGCAAGGAGGGGUAAUUUUAAUUACAUUAUUCAGUGUUUCUACACAUUUUACUUCUAAAAAUUAAAGUUACCAAGCAAG